AUGCAGAAGACAGGCUGCGAGAGCCGGGCUGAGGCGAGCAGAGCAGAGCCGUGCAGAGCCCAGCCGUGCAGAGCCGGGCUGAGGCGAGCAGAGCCGAGCCGAAGCCCCUGCUAUAGACGCAGCUCGGGACAGACGCGGAGGUGUCUGACCAUGAGUGACCAGCGUCCCUCUGCCCCGACCCCUGCGGUGGAGGCCCCGCCCCCUGCGGUGGACAUGGAUCCUGUGGAGUACACUCUGAGGAAACGUCUGCCGCGAAAACUGCCAAAGAGACGCAACGACGUCUACGUCAACAUGAAGACGGACUUCAGGGCUCAGCUGGCGCGUUGCCAGAAGCUGCUGGAGGGAGGAGGUCACCGGGAGAUCUGUGUCCACGGCCUGGGACUGGCCAUCAACCGGGCCAUCAACAUCGCCCUGCAGCUCCAGGCCAGCAGCCAGGGGGCGCUGCAGCUGGCCACCAACACCUCCACUGUGGAGCUGGUGGACGAUCUGGAGCCUGAGGAUCCCGACGAGACCGGAGAGACUCUCACACGCACACGCAACAACUCUGCUAUACACAUCAAAGUGUUCUACCCCGAGCCACAGUGA